CAAGGGGGGGGGGGGGGGGGCAGCAAUUUAAAAGCCCUGUUCAGAUGAUACAGCCUGUUCAGUUUGUCCAGUUACUCCCGGGGCCCUCACAGCAACACAAUCUGACAAGAUGAGACUUCUAGUCGUCUCUUUUGUCAUUGCCUUCUCCGCAGUGUUGGCUGGGAGCGUCGUCAUAAAGACCCUGGUGUUCCAGUCUGAGAGCAAUAACAGUUUCGUUGAGCUGAUUCCUAUGAAGCCCCUGAACCUGAGAGCCUUCACUCUGUGCAUGCGUCUGGCCACGGAGCUGAAAGGUGAGCGAGAGGUCAUCCUGUUCGCGUACCGGACUGGAAACUUCGAUGAGCUGAACGUGUGGCGUGAGCUGGACGGCAGAUUGUCUUUCUACCUGAGCGGACCCGGUGUUUUCUUCGACGUCCCUCAGAUUUCAGCCCUGGAGACCCAUCUCUGCUUCACCUGGGACUCUAGGUCUGGUGCCGCUACCGUCUUCAUGGAUGGAAGGAAAAGCUUGACCAAGAUUUACAAGAAGGGUCACACCAUCCGCCCCGGGGGGAAGGUCGUCAUCGGUCAAGAUCCAGACGCCUUCCUGGGCGAUUACGAUGCCAAACAGAGUUUCGUUGGGGAGAUCUCCGACGUUAAUUUGUGGGACACUGUCCUGGCAGCUAGCACAAUCCAAGACAUUUAUACCGGGAAGAGAGUGGCAAGAGGAAAUGUUUUUGACUGGGAAACCAUAGAUCUAAAAAUCAACGGGCAGGUAGAUGUUGUAACACGAGAGCUGUAGACUUAAUGCUGGAAUUAUGCGGUCUCUUUACAUCUGAAUGACUUUUGUGAAGGUUUGUUGAUCAAAUGUAUGUCAGUGCAGUAAUGUCAGUGCCAUUGUUGUUCAGCCCAACACUUUGACAAUGUCUGUUGUGUUGGAAUAAAUUACAAGAAAAUGUCAAAAUAGAAUCUAUAGUUAGUAGUAGUAGUUAUUGUCAUGUUCGACAGACACAUCAUUUUACCUAAUUCUAAUUCAAUGACCAGCUUUUGAUAUGCCCACUGUACUGAUUUUCAAAUUUAUAACAAAAAAGGUUAUAUUUCAUGUCAAGUGUAGUUCACCAAAGUACAAGAAUAAAAUUAUAUUGCUAGUGGAA